UACAAAUCCUAUCCCUGCACAACCCCUCCCAUUUUCCCCCUCUCUUCCUGAGCCAAACAAUUCCCUAUCUCCUCAUCUCACUGCAGCUUUCCACUAUACUACUACCACCACUACCACCACUGGGCUACCCAGCCAACUAGGAGAGGGGAAACAAGAAGAACACAGAUAAGUUUGUUCCCUUUGGUUACAAGCAAGAAAAUUGGCACAGAAAUGGCUCUCAGGCUGUGGGCUAGCUCAGCUGCAAAUGCCCUCAAGAUCUCAUGCAGUGGAGCCAGCAGGGCUGCACCUGCCUAUUCAAUCUCCAGAUACUUCUCCACUGUUCUUGAUGGGUUGAAGUACAGCUCCUCUCAUGAGUGGGUCAAGCAUGAUGGUUCCGUGGCCACAAUUGGAAUCACAGACCAUGCUCAGGGCCAUCUGGGAGAGGUGGUGUUCGUGGAGCUGCCGGAGGGCGGGGCGAAGGUGAGCCAGGGAGGAGCCUUCGGCAACGUGGAGAGUGUGAAGGCCACCAGCGACGUUAACUCCCCCAUCUCCGGCGAGGUCGUCGAGGUCAACGGCAAGCUCUCCGAGACACCUGGCCUGAUCAACUCGAGCCCCUACGACGACGGGUGGAUGAUCAAGGUGAAGCCGAGCAGCCCGGCGGAGCUGGACGCCCUGAUGGACGCGGCCAAGUACACCAAGCACUGCGAGGAGGAAGACGCUCACUAGAGCCCCACACCCAAACCCCCCUCUCUCUCUCUCUUCCUUUUUGUUAACUUUUGUUACUCAAAUCAAAUCCUUUGUUUCAACCUGGUGCAAACAACUCCUCCUCUGUAUCCGUGUGUGAUUAAUAACUAAACCUGCGGGGCUUCCCAUGUGUUCAGUUAGUUGUAUCUGAACUUGUGAUCAGUCCAA